AUGGCCCUGAGGGUGAUCCGGCUGGUCGUCCCAUCGGGAGCGACUGCUUUUAACGCGGUGAACGCUGCUCAGAAGGCAAGUGUUCACACGAGCCCGGUGAGAAGCCUGCGCUACGGCUGGUUGGCCUACGCACUGGGCGAGAGGACAACGCCGCGGUUAAAGCAGAACAGCAGAAUCAUCACCCUGGAGGGCAACUUGUCCUCGGGGAAAGGAGCGCUGGCCCAGAAGCUGGCCGAUAAGCUGGGGAUGCUCUACAUGCCCGAGGCGGACACGUUCUACUUGGACAAGAUGACCGGGGAGAAGCAGCCGCUUCCCGUCGACUUCAACGGGAUGUGCAGCCUGGAGAAGUUCUACACGGAGCCCAAAGCCGCCGACGGAAACAGCUACAGACUGCAGAUGUGGAUGUACACCAUGAGGUUGCUCCAGUACGCCGACGCCAUCGAACACCUGCUCACAACAGGCCAAGGAGUGAUCCUGGAGCGUUCUCCCUUCAGUGACUUUGUGUUCCUGGAGGCCAUGUUCAAAGAGGGCUACAUCAGGAAGGAGUGUGUGCAGCACUACAAUGAGAUCAAAGGCAUCAGCAUCUGUGAGUUCCUGCCUCCACACAUCGUCAUCUACGUCGACCUGCCAGCUGAGGAGGUGCAGAAGAAGCUGAAGCAGAGCGGCAAGUCCUAUCUUCAGAAUGUUCCCCUGACGUAUCUGAAGAGCAUCGAGGACAGCUACAAGAAGUCUUUUAUGCCCAAUAUCAGCGCCACAUCAGAACUGCUCGCUUAUGAUACAACCCAAGCCCAAGAUGUCGAGAGGGUGGCAGAGGACAUCGAUUACCUGAAGUUUGAGAAAGGCCCGUGGCUGGAGCAGGACGACGUCACCUACCACCACAUGAGGAUGCUCGUGGAAGACAAACAGAAGGUGGCCACCCUGACCCACAUACCGAAGUUUCUGCCUGAGAUCACCAUCGGGGCCCACGACUACGAUGAGAAAUACUACGCCUAUAGAGCGCUCCCCGGGAAGAAGUAUGCGUCCGGUUACAACGCAGAUGUUGGAGACAAAUCCAUCUGGCUGAAGUGAAUGAGUCCACAGCCCCCCCCCCACACCCCCACCCCCCCUGGCUGAGUGAACUCUUAUUGAUCCAGGUCUCUCCUGUUGUACGUCCUAAAUAAUAUGUAUGUAUUGAAAGAAUAAAUUUUGAAUCUACAAAA